AUGCCCGCGGAGCGGCUGCUGUUACGCCAGGUGCUCUUAAGCCCUGGGGGGGCAACCCCGCAGAUUCCCUUGGGGAGCCUCAUGCGAUGGCUCCCGACCUUGCCAAGCAAGGAGGCAUCCACGGCCAUGGACCGGAGCACCGUGGUUUUGCCCCGGCCUGGAGAUGGCUGGUAUGCGCCCCCGGCGAUGAGCUCUUCUGCAGGAUUUCCCUGGGGCGAGCUCACUGCCAAAGGUGUGCAGCAAAUGCGAUGGCUGGGUCAAAGUCUUUGCAAGGAGGCCGUACCCAGCACCUGGCAACUACGAUCUGCCGGCCUUGGGCGAUGCGUUUCCGCGGCGCAGGCCCUGGCCUGGGGAGGCCUGGAGUCGCAGGGCGACCGCUACGCGAAGCCGGUCGAAGUGCUCGUAUCUGGCGGUGAGGCGCUCUUGCCCCAGCUACGUCCCGGUGAUGAAGGCUACCCUGAGCCAGCCGAAGAGUCAUUGGAGGAAAUGAAAUCUCGCCGCGCUGUGCAGGCGACAGUGGCCGAGCGCUUGGCCGCCGAAAUGGACAUCCCAACGGAGAGCCUUGCGGACCUCGACGCCGACGAGUUGUGCAGAGCAGCUGUGUCUGUUGAUGGCCUCGUGCAGGGUGCAAUGGAUCUCCGUUCAAUCAAGCGAUUGAAUUAUCGUUCCUGGGCGAUGCCGCUGCGAGAAUCGGGUCUGCCGUCAGCUGUGCCAGUCAUCGGCCCUUUGAUCAGCGAGAUGAUCCGUGCCUUCGACACCGCCCUGGAGGGAUCCGACCUCGGCUUGGUCGUCUACGUAGCUGAUGCAUCCUCGUUGGUCUGCAUUGAGAAUUCCAUGUCUUCGGACGCAUCUUCAAGGCACAUCUCAAACAUCUGGCCCGCGGACUCCGAGUCCUUGUCGCUUGAGCUCCGCCAGUCUGGCAGUGAGGUGCUGUUUGCACUUCGCGGCCGCGAUGGGCAUGCAGAGACGGUGCCGUACGAGGCACUGCGCGCCCGGCUGGUGGACGCCCUGGGCACAGCGUGA